ACAUCAGGGGAAGGAAAAGGAAGAAAUGUGUGUUAAUGGACAGAAAAUAUGGGCUUGACCGAAAAUGGAUAUUUCUUGAGUCUUUCGCUUUUCCCAGUCUUAGUACAAGCAGAAGAUAACACUUCAAGUGCUGAUUACCCUAAAAUCUUGACACCUAUAAUCGUCUCUUUCGGUGCACUUAUCCUCGCAUUUACCGUCGCUAAACUCGUUGACUGCUGUUGUAAGAAAACGCUCGAGAGAAAUGAAAACCUGGAGUCGCUGGAUGACAAUACUAAGAAGAUUUUACGAGCCAGAUUGAUUGUGAUUCAAAUGAAGAGGAAGGAAAUGGCAAAGGUAGCCCCAACAUUGGGAUUCUUAAAGCGUUGGUCAACACGGUCUAAAGUAUCAAAGAAUCUUCAAAUCGAGGCAACUCAAAAGGGUUCGAAUAAACAAACUGUGAUAACUGUAGAAGAAGCAAGCGAAAAGGAAAAAAAGAACAAUUCUGCUUUAGGUGGUUUUUUAAAGCAAAACAAAGUCUCAAAUGGAAUACCAAAUUUAACCAAUAAGAACCAAAAACAACAUAAUGUGUAUAAACAAAACAAAUCUGAUUCCUUAAAGGGGAGCAAAUCUGAAACUCCAACACCCACUUCCGGAAAUGCCACUUCCGGAAAUAAUUCUUCGCUUUCGCAAGUUUCAUCACCUAAAUCAGUGCCUUCGUCAGAACUUUCGAAUCAAACAUCAGGGAUUUCAAAAUCAGAUUCUGACCCGAGAAGGCCCUCAGGCAAAAGCGUAACUUUUAAUGAAAAUGUUGAAGUAAAAACAGAGGAUGAAAUAGAAAACAAACUUGAUUCUGUGAAAGUAGUAAAUGAAACUCCAACUACAGACUCUAACAAACCGUCCAACCUGAAAAAGCCAUCUUGA